AUGAGCAAAUUAAGGGAGCUAGUGAAUUCAAACAACUUUAAGCUCAACUUCUGGCAAACCCCCAGCACUUUCGGUCGUCCUGUAGAUGUGCUGGUCCCGUUGGUCAGUCUGCUACCGGUCAAAUCCUUCCUGAAGUCCCAGGGCUUAGAGUAUGCAGUGACUAUUGAAGACCUGCAGGCCCUUUUAGAUAAUGAAGAUAAAGAAAUGCAGCACAGCCAAGGGCAGGAACGGAGCAGUAAUAACUUCAACUACGGGUCCUACCAUUCCCUGGAAGCUAUUUACCAAGAGAUGGACAACAUUGCCAGAGAAUUUCCCGACUUGGUGAGCAAAGUGGAAAUUGGACAUUCAUUUGAGAAACGGCCAAUGUAUGUACUGAAGUUCAGCACUGGAGAAGGCAGCAGGCGGCCGGCCAUUUGGCUGAAUGCAGGCAUCCAUUCCCGGGAGUGGAUCUCACAGGCCACGGCCAUCUGGACCGCACGGAAGAUUGUAUCUGACUAUGGGAAGGAACCAGCCAUCACCUCCAUCUUGAAGAAAGUGGAUAUUUUCUUGCUGCCUGUGGCCAAUCCUGAUGGAUAUGUUUACACACAAACUAAAAAUCGACUAUGGAGGAAGACGCGGUCCAUAAACCCCGGAAGCUCCUGUGUUGGUGUUGAUGCCAAUAGAAACUGGAAUGCCAGUUUUGCAGGAGAAGGCGCCAGUAGUAACCCUUGCUCCGAAGUGUACCAUGGACCCCGUGUCCACUCAGAAGUGGAGGUGAAGUCAGUAGUUGAUUUCAUCCAGAACCACGGGAAUUUCAAAUGCUUCAUCGACAUUCACAGCUACUCACAGCUGCUGAUGUAUCCCUACGGGUACACAGUCAAGAAGGCCCCGGAUGCUGAAGAGCUGGACGAUGUGGCGAGGCGUGCGGCCACGGCUCUGGCCUCCCUGUCGGGCACUGAAUACCAUGUGGGCCCUACCUGCACCACCGUCUACCCAGCAAGCGGCAGCAGCAUGGACUGGGCUUAUGACCAUGGCAUCAAGUACGCCUUCUCCUUUGAGCUGAGAGACACUGGCCACUACGGCUUCCUCCUGCCCGCUGACCAGAUCAUCCCCACGGCAGAGGAGACCUGGCUGGGGCUGAAGACCAUCAUGGAGCAUGUGCGGGACAACCUGUACUAGAGGGCCCCCAUGGAUUGCAACCUCUACUAAGGGCCCCCCUGUCUACCACAGCUCACCCCCUGCAGCACACACACCAGGGCCGUUCUGGAAGAGGGUUGUUCUUUCAGGUAACAAGUCAGAGCCCUCUGCUGUGGAGUGAACACAGGUUAGCCCCUGUUUAUGAAUUCCAGGGGUGCCCGUGAGAAGCCGUCUGUCAGCUUCUAGGUCCUGUUGUUUUACUGUGUCCUCUGCGCUUUGCUCCCACACAGCUGGCUGGGCAGGCUGCCCCUUAGUAGGUAGCCUGUUGCUAACUCAGUUUUAGAACUAAAAGAGGUCUGAGUUGGCUUUCUGGGAUCCCGAUCUCAGUGUGUGUAAUGCCUUGCAGCCAAGCCAGUGACUGCGUUUGGUGGGGCCCCAGAGAGGCACGGGGAGACCGUGCUUAUUCUUUAGACCAGUCUCACAGGGGAUGCAGAACUUC